AUGUCUGCCUCGCUUUUGUUUGGUCUGAGCAUUUUGGCCGCGUCUGUGACGCCGGUUCUAUCAUCAUGUGCCUACGGCACUCACCUGAUGCCUAGGGCAGAGGGUGGUGAGGUCAAGGUUGGCAAGUUCGGAUAUGCCGGUGCUAUUGCGCCUGCCAACUGGGUUGCUCUUGACCCUGUUGCCAACGCUGCCUGCAACACUGGUACCAGGCAGAGCCCCAUCUCCAUGACCACCGGAAACUUCCAGAUCGUCCAGGCCUCCGAGGUUCAGCUGGACAUUCCCGACUUCCCCGCCACAGAGUUUGAGAACUUGGGCACCACGGUUGAGGUCAUCGCCAAGGGUGGUAAGAUGAGUGUUGCUGGUGUGAACUACGACCUUCAGCAGUUCCACUUCCACCUUCCUUCGGAGCACUUGGACAACGGCACGAGCAUGGCCAUGGAGAUGCACAUGGUUUGGCAGUCCGCCGCCAAGGAGAUUGCUGUCAUUGGAAUGUACAUUGACAUUGAGGGCAACCCUGCCGCCGCCCCCGCCGCUGCUGCUCCGGCGCCCGCCCAGCCUGCCCGCCGCCAUGCUCGUCACCUUGAGGCUCGUGAGGGCGCCGCCGCCCCCGCUGCUGCUGAGCCUGCUGCCGCCGUCCCCGCAAUGCAGCAGAUGGGCGAGACCGCCAGGAUUGCCGCUGCUCCUGUCAAGUCCAACCUUCUGGCCACAAUCAUGCCCGAGGUCUCCAAGAUCGCCACUCCCGGUACCAAGACCGAGACGCCGCCGCUGGUCAUGUCUGAGCUUGUUCAGCAAAUCAAGUCGGGCUCUUUUCAGAGCUACUCGGGCUCCCUGACCACCCCUCCCUGCAGCGAGGGUGUCCGCUGGCUCGUGUCGACCCAGAAGCUCGCCAUCUCGGCCCAGAACUUCUUCGCCAUGCGCAACGUCAUCGGCUUCAACGCUCGCUUUGCCCAGAACAGCCCCGGCCAGCCUAACCUGAUGUCCCUUGCCACUGCGGCUGCCGGUGCUUCUGCCCCCGCUGCCCCGGCUGCUCCGGCCGCUGAAGGUGCCAAGCAAAAGCAGCAGCUGACCGAGGCUGAGAAGGCAGCAAAGAAGGCUCAAAAGGCAGCCAAGAAGGCUGGCAAGGCCAACAAUGCUACUGCCCCGGCAGCUCCCCCUGCUGUGCCUGCUGCUGUUGCUGGUGCCAUCCUUGGUUCCACCUCUGUGUAA